CCGAUUUCCAGACGGGGGCGUUUACCCAGAGCACGCGGGGAAGCCACUGUUGUGUGAAGAUGGCGGUUAGAGUGCUGUAUACAACGCCCGAAUAAAUAAUAUCACGCAAUCCUUCAGAUCUCCGGAACAGAUAAUACAUCUGUACUUAAGCCGUUUUUUGCUACCCUGCAGCAGAGUGUGCCGGCAUGGAGGGAGGUAAACCAUCCCUUGCGCUAGUUUACCAGGCCGUGCAAGCCCUUUAUCACGACCCGGACCCCGCCGGAAAAGAACGAGCCUCUGUAUGGCUUGGGGAGCUGCAGAGGUCGAUGUACGCCUGGGAGAUUUCGGAUCAGCUCCUCCAGCUGAAGCAGGACGUGGAGUCCAGCUACUUCGCCGCCCAGACGAUGAAGAUGAAGAUCCAGACCUCAUUCUAUGAACUUCCCGCCGACACGCACGUGUCCUUGCGGGAUUCGCUGCUCUCUCACAUUGAGAACCUCAAAGACCUGUCCCCUAUUAUCGUCACCCAGCUCGCUCUUGCAAUAGCAGACCUUGCCCUGCAGAUGGCCUCGUGGAAGGGCUGUGUUCACACGCUUAUUGAGAAAUAUAGCAACGAGGUGUCAUCAAUGACAUUCCUGAUCGAGAUCCUGACGGUGCUGCCCGAGGAGGUGCACAGCCGCUCCCUGAGAAUCGGAGCAAACCGCCGGACGGAGAUCAUCGAGGACCUGGCCUACUAUUCCAGCACCGUGGUGUCUCUGCUGCUCUCAUGUGCGGAGAAGACAGUCAGCGACGAGAAGAUGCUGAUCAAGGUGUUCCGCUGCCUGGGCAGCUGGUUCAACCUGGGUGUGCUGGACAGCAACUUCAUGGCCAACAACCAGCUCCUCAUCGUACUCUUCCAAGUGCUGCAACGGGACGAGACGUCCACCAACCUGCACGAGGCCGCGUCAGACUGCGUGUGCUCCGCCCUGUAUGCCAUCGAGAACGUGGAGGCCAACAUGGGCCUGGCCAUGCAGCUCUUCCAGGGCGUGCUGACGCUGGAGACGGCCUACCACAUGGCUGUGGCCCGGGAGGACCUGGACAAGGUGCUGAAUUACUGCCGGAUCUUCACGGAGCUGUGCGAGACCUUCCUGGAGACGAUCGUGCGCAGCCCCGGCCACGGCAUGGGAGACCUGCGCACCCUUGAGCUCCUGCUCAUCUGCGCGGGACACCCCCAAUACGAGGUCGUGGAGAUCUCCUUUAACUUCUGGUACCGACUCGGGGAGCACCUAUACAAGACCAACGACGCGGUCCUGCACAGCAUCUUCAGGCCCUACAUCCAGAGACUGCUGCACGGGCUGGCCCGCCACUGCCAGCUGGACCCCGAUCACGAAGGCAUACCAGAAGACACGGACGAUUUUGGAGAGUUUCGGAUGAGGGUCUCCGACCUGGUGAAGGAUGUGAUUUUCCUUGUGGGUUCCAUGGAAUGCUUCUCGCAGCUCUACUCCACUCUGAAAGAGGGGAAUCCGCCCUGGGAGGUCACCGAAGCUGUGCUCUUCAUCAUGGCCGCCAUCGCCAAGAGUGUAGAUCCUGAUAACAACCCCACCCUGACAGAGGUGCUGGAGCAGGUGGUGCUGCUGCCCCAGACGGUGCACAUCGCCGUGCGCUACACCAGCAUCGAGCUGGUGGGCGAGAUGAGCGAGGUGGUGGAUCGCAACCCUCGCUUUUUAGACCCUGUGCUGAGUUACCUGAUGAAGGGGCUGAGGGAGAAGCCUCUGGCCUCGGUGGCUGCUAAGGCCAUCCACAACAUCUGCUCUGUGUGCCGUGACCACAUGGCCCAGCACUUCCAGGGCCUCCUGGACAUCGCCCGCGCCCUCGACUCCUUCGCCCUGUCCACCGAGGCGGCCGUCGGCCUCCUGAAAGGCACUGCUUUAGUUUUAGCCCGUCUGCCGCUGGAGAAAAUAGCCGAAUGUUUGAGUGACCUCUGCGCGGUGCAGGUCAUGGCCCUGAAGAAGCUUCUCUCCCAGGAGCCUAGCAACGGGAAAUCGUCUGACCCCACCGUUUGGCUGGACAGGCUAGCGGUCAUCUUCAGGCACACGAACCCCAUCGUAGAGAACGGCCAAACGCACCCCUGUCAGAAAGUCAUACAGGAAAUCUGGCCCGUGCUGUCGGAGACGCUGAAUAAGCACCAGGCCGAUAACCGCAUCGUGGAGCGCUGCUGCCGCUGUCUGAGGUUCGCCGUGCGCUGCGUGGGAAAGGGCUCUGCCUCCCUGCUGCAGCCCCUCGUCACGCAGAUGGUGAGUGUGUAUCAGGUGUACCCACACUCCUGUUUCCUGUACCUGGGCAGCAUCCUGGUGGAUGAGUAUGGAAUGGAGGAAGGCUGCAGACAGGGGCUGCUGGACAUGCUACAGGCCCUGUGCAUGCCCACCUUCCAGCUGCUGGAGCAGCCCAACGGGCUGCGGAAUCACCCCGACACGGUGGACGACCUCUUCAGACUGGCCACCAGAUUCAUCCAGCGCAGUCCCGUCACGCUGCUCUCCAGUCAGAUCAUCAUUCACAUCAUCCAGUGCGCCAUCGCCGCCACCACCCUGGACCACCGGGAUGCCAACUGCAGCGUCAUGAAGUUCGUGCGGGACCUCAUCCACACGGGCAUCACCAACGAUCACGAGGACGACUUUGAGCUGCGGAAGCAGCUGAUCGCCCAGGCGAUGGAGCAGCACGGGCAGCAGCUGGUCACCCAGCUGAUCCACACCUGCUGCUUCUGCCUGCCGCCAUACACCCUGCCGGACGUGGCCGAGGUGGUGUGGGAGAUCAUGCUCUUCGACCGGCCGACGUUCUGCCGCUGGCUGGAGAACGCGCUGAAGGGUCUCCCCAAGGAGACGGCGGGAGGGGCGGUGACCGUAACGCACAAACAGCUGACCGACUUCCACAAACAGGUCACCAGUGCAGAGGAGUGCAAGCAAGUCUGCUGGGCGAUUCGAGAAUUCACAAGGUUGUUCCGAUAGCUAUGUCUGCACGUUCUACCAGAAGACCAGGCCUUGAUUUGAUUGGUGGAAGCGGGAAAAGGUUGGGCGUUUGCAAGUAACCCCCCCCCCCCGCUGACCCUUUGCCCCUCUACACCUGCAGGACUAUCUUUUCUUUGCAACGUUGAAAGGUGACAGCAUUGUGGAACGAGGUGACUGCAAAUGAAAAAAAAAAAAAAAAAGGGAACUUCCCUCGCUAAGGAUGGGUGUGGGACUCAGCCCUCUGUGGAAAGCCAAUCGGACGCGCGGCAGCGUUGGACGGGGCGGGCGAGCGAGCACCCCGAGGUGCUUUGGAAAAGAGGGGUCCUUCGGAAUCUGGCGCUGACCGUAGCCACGGCCUGGAAAACGGGGGAGGGGGUGGGGUAAGGGAAGGCGGGAAGCCGAUCGCUUUUCCGGAGGACUGAGCUUCGUAACGAACGUUCGCCGAUUUGAAGACAUGCAUUCACACCGCGUCGGUUGGAUUUCUACAAAUCAAGGACCCAUCGUGAAAAGAAAAACUAAAACUUAAAAAUAAAAACAGAAAACACACACACAAAAAAAAAAAAAACACAAAACAAAGAUGUGCCUGGUAGAAAAAUACAUAAAAGACUUGUGUAUGUUUUGAAAAUGAAAGAGAAUUUAUUUUCAUGGGACUGUCUAAAGAACGACCAAACAUGGUUUUUGCUGUCUGUGCCAUUAAAAAGAAAAGAAAAAACAAAUAGCAAGUCCGUGAUACCAACUUCAAAAAUGAACGCCCGUGGGAUUUGGGAUUGCUAGAAAAGGGAUGCUGGGUGCAGACCCUUUUCCGUUUUAAUGAUUGGCUGGAGUUUUACCGUUACUCGAUUGCCAGACAAAGCUGUGACUUGGUCGCGUGGACUCUGGCAAGGUAUUUUUUUUUUUCUUUUUUUUUUUUUUUUUCUUCCUCCUCCUGGCGCAGUGCAUUCUGGGAAUAAGUGCAGAGACCGUCAUUCAUUGGAUGGCUGCCAUGAGCCCGGGGAGGUGUGCUAUAACAUACUGCUCCAUCUGGUGUUGCAGCCAUCUCGUGAACAAUAAAAUUAAAGUGAGGACAAAC